AUCCGGUUUUCAUUUCCGUGCGAAUAUGUUGUUAAUCCUUCCUCACAGACUAGUUGGGAACUCUCUUCAGUGUUGAAAUGACAAAGCAUGUAUUUCGUUAUAUGUUCACAGUUGUUUGUAUUAUUCCUAGUUUACGGAUGGGCCGAGGAAGUGCCGGUGAUGCAGUACAUCUCAGGGAACACAGGGAGAUUCACGUCCCCGGGUUAUCCUGGAACCUAUCCCAACAACGUCAAUUACACCUGGAUUCUCACAACUGGAGAUCUCACAGCAAAUGUCACCUUUACAUUUGACAACUUUGAUAUUUAUAGAUAUCGAUAUGAACCAUGUACGGACGAUUACCUGGAGAUUACAGAACAAGAACCAUGUUGUUUUGUUGCCCUGAAGAGAUGUGGUGAUAUUGGACGAUUUAACAUGACGGUGACGGGUAACGUGAUAAGAAUAAAAUUUGUGUCUAACGAACGCGAUACAGCAAUGGGAUUCUCACUCCAAUGGAAAGUCGCUCUACCGAAAUCGAAAAGUACAACAGAGACUACAAAAACAACCUUAGUACGAAGAACAACAAUUGUAACAUUAGGAACAACAAGAACAAUACCAGUAACAACAACACCAAUAACAACAACAACAACAUUAUCAACAACAACAACACAUGUAACAACAAAAACAGCAGCAAGAACAACAACACCAGUAACAACGACAGCGUCAGGAAAAAUAGAAACACCCGUAUUAACAACACCAGUAACAACUAUAAUACAAUUAACAGUUUCAACAACAAAAACAACCCCAACAGCAACUAGAACAACAAAAAUGGAUACAAGUACGACAACAGGUGCGAAAAUAAUCUGCAAUUGCACGACAGGAACUGACCACGAUGAGAUAUCCGGUUUUUUUACCACAUUUUCAAGGAAAGGUGCUGGAUACGUACAUCUUUUCCUGUUGACAAUGAAUGGAAUUUUCAUCAUUGUAAUAGCUUUCCUUGGAAUGAAAUUAAAGAAAUCCAAGGCAUCCAUAUAUCGUCGUCGGGAAUCACCAUACCUUUGUGCAAAUAUCAUAGACGUCUCACUGCAGGAAAGGAGACAACCAUACUGUACUGUCAACGUCAUACCUUUACAAGAGGGCGUCACACUCAGAAACAGUAACGAUUGUUCAGACGAUUACACCGAACCGGAUGCUGAUUACAUUGAGGUCAUCAGCUAGAAAACUUUCUACAUGGUUCUCAUAUAAAAGAAUUGAUGAAAACGAUGUAGAUAGUUGUAAAAACACUAAUUCAAAAGACAGUUUGUAACCGAGUCACCCAGUGCAUUUCAUUAAAAGUUUGGAUCAUACA